AUGUCGGACCGCCGCCGAAUGUCCAUCCAACACAACCCAUAUCCCGCCGAGCAAUGGAGCCCCAACGCGGUCGAGUACUCUGACUACUCAUCCGCCCAUCCCGCAGCGUAUCCCUCGGGCGCCCAAUCACAGCAGUAUGCGCCGGAUGCAUACUAUCAGUCGCCGCCGGCGCCCUCCCAAUCACACAUGUACGCGUCGGGGAGCGGGUCAAGUCGAUCGGGCUACCCCCACAACGCUUCCUAUCCAUAUCCACAAGCGCCCCAUUCCAUCGCGCAGCCCUAUUCGCAAUCGUACCCCGAACCGGCAUCGCCUUCGCGCCCACGAUCGCAUUCCUCUAGCUACAUGACUCAACACGCGCCUCCGGUAUCCCCACAUUCCCAGUACCCACAGCAAAUCCCCCUCGCGCAGGUAACGGGAUAUGCAGACUAUUCGGCGACGUCUGCCCGCCCAUACGCGUGCGACAUGUGCGCUUUGUCGUUCAACCGCCAGCACGAUCUCAAGCGACAUCGGGAGACACAUACGGGCGAAAAGCCGUUUUUGUGCAAUGGAGGGUGUGGAAAGACAUUCACGCGCAAAGACGCGUUGAAACGGCAUCAGUUGGUCAAGGGCUGUGGCAAACCGGAUGACUCGUGGUCAUAG